AUGUUUCGUGAAUGCUGGAUGUCAAAAACAUUCCCAUUGGUAAAGGGCGAGCACAAGGAGUUUGUCCGGGCUAAGUUCGACGAGGACGUCGACGAGGGUCUCAUGGAUAGGAUGACCUUGGACGAGUUCAAGGCGAAGUUCGGAGAGCACCGGGCUAUCGCCGCCCUGGCGGUCAUUGAUAACCCACGGCCCAUCGGCGCUAAGCACCGGGAGAGCGAGCACGGCUACAUGGGCUGCCAGAUAGACGAGGAGGAGACGAUACCCGGCGACCCGGAUAGCCAGCUCGAAGGGACGGCAAGGGCGCUAUCUCUUCCUUUCGGUGCUGGGCUUUCCCGGAUUGGCUACCAAGUGGAAUGGCUAGGCAUGGAGACGGACUACAAGACCUACCGGCUGGGCAUGUCCGAGAAGCAAGCCUCCUGGCUAGCCAAUUGGCUGGCUGAGAAAACUCAGCUCGGGAAGAUUACGGCCAAGGUUAAUUUUCUCGAGGGCGAGGUGGGCAAGACCGGCCCCUGGUUCUCGCUAGAAGUGGAUAGGAGCUGGGCACCUUGGGCUUUCGCGAAAUGCGACCCGAAGAAGGUGAUAGCUGCGCUAGAGUUGCUAGUGACCCUCGUCGGGAUACGUCUUUGGGUCCCGGAGGGCGAGGCUAGAAAGACCUCGCGAGUUGCCAUUAGGGGCUAUACGGACAACAAGUCCAAUGAAGCCCUACUUCAGAAGGCUAUGACAACCAAGUAUCCGUCUAUGCUAAUUUUGAUGGAGACGUCCGAAGAGCUAUCUCAGAAAAACUGUGAGCUACGUACAGCUGCCACAUCCUUGAAAAAGAGAGAGUCCGGUGUGCGAGACAUGGAAGCCACAGGGUAUGGGGACGGCUGGAUUCGAGGAGUUCGAGCCAAUGCCUUCCUAGUGGUAGGAGGUGAUCGUUCCGUUUCAGCUAAGCCCGAGCUGCUCUCAGACCCCCUGAAGCACAGCAUCAAUCCCUGCUGUUGUGCGAAGUCCGUCGCACAAGGUAAAUGGCUCUCCAGUCGCAAGAGGAUACUCGGUGCGACCUCGACGAGGAACGGCAAUGAACCGGGUGAUGCCGCGAUUCCCCGAAAGCUCGGUUACACCGUCAAUGUGGAUCGCUGGCGUGUCCGAGCUGCACUCGUACUUCGCUUCCAUACCGUAAAAAUCGCGCUGUCGCCCCUGCCCGACGACUCUCGCGCGGUGUUUUCCGUUGACUGUUUGUUGCCUGCCUCUGCCCUCUCCCUUUCCCAGUGCAUCGGCGUGGGCAACUACCGGCCCUGGGUCGUCUUCGUGGUGUUGCUGCAUUACUGCUUCGGCCCUUUUCCGCAGUCGCCACAUCCGCAGGCCGCGGCUUCCCUCGCUGCACUGACCAGCGUCUGGCUGCUCAUCCUCUUAGCUCUCCAUGCCUACUUGGCCCUCACGGGACUGACGACGCUGGAAUGGGCCAAGGGCCUGCCGCCGGGAGCCGCAAGCGAGGCGGAGCCCAGGUGUCGCCUGGUGCCAAUGGCGGGGGAACCCCUGCGACCCCGAAGUGCUUCAGCUGCAACCGCUCUGUCGCACAAGGAGCCCGAGGAGCCCGAGGAAGAGGUCUCCCCGGCUUCCGCGGCCGCGCGCUGGGCCCUACUGCGCGAUGCAGUGCGCCGAGACGAGCGGAGGCCUAACUGGCAGAUGCUCUGGAACAGGCACCUGUCACUGUCUUCGGUGGCCACUUUGGAAGACAGCUCCAGCGAAGAGGAUGCGAUCGCCGUUCAGGCCUUUUCCCCAAUUACUUCAGCAACCUCGGCAACCAGCCCGGCCAAAAGCAGGCCGGGCUUCGAGAGAGGAGAGCGACGUACGUGA